AGUAGCUCCAAACAGCGCGAGUCUCAUCAUCAGCACCGCAUCCCCGGGCAAGCAGCCUCGAGACCCACCGAUCGACCCUCAGUGGUCCCUCAUCACAGAGACGAUAAUAACGGAGAGGAGGUAGACUAACGAGGCCAUGCCGGGGCCCCGGUAAACCGACAAAACAUAUUUUCUCUUUGUUCGCCUCGACGCACCGCUCGCUGCCUCCGAGGAGGAUCCGCGGAAUAGCUCUCUCUGCUGGAGUAGAGGAGGAGACUGCAACAGAGGGAGAACGGAUAGAUUUGUCUACCGUAUAACCUAAUGGCAGAGCGUGAGGCGUCGCCGUUACCACUGGAGGUUCGCGCCCGGCUGGCGGAGCUGGAGCUCGAGCUGUCAGAGGGUGACAUCACACAGAAGGGUUAUGAGAAGAAGCGGUCUAAGCUGAUCAGGGCGUACGUUCCUCAUCCUGGAGGAAUGGAGGGUAUGUCCCACCACCCCCUCUUCGGCCCCCCGUCUGCUGCUCGCUUCCACAGACGGCGCUCUUCUGGAACACGCGAUGAACGCUAUCGUUCAGACGUCCACAGUGAGGCGGUACAGGCAGUGUUAGCCAGACAUGUGGAGAGCAAGGUGGCAGUGCCCAUGCCCUCCAAACGACGAUCGCUGGUGGUACAGACAUCCAUGGACGCCUACACACCCCCAGGACUGUCCCCACUGUGCUCAGACUCUUCGUCGGGCUCGGAGGAAGAGGCGGGGCCAGGUGAUGACAUGCCGGGGAUGGAACAUUGGAUGACUCGCCCCGCCCACUUAGGUCCAGCUCACCUAGGCUCCACCUCCUCGUCCUCCUCGUCCACUCAGAGCGGCGGCAGCGGCAACGCAGGACGACUGGCUGACUCGCUCGCACACGCCCACCUCUCACACCCACACCUCUCACACCCACACCUGACCCAGUCACACCACGUGUCAGCUCACCACUCACAAACACACCACGGUAUAGGGCACCUGUCUCUGAAGCGUAAGCCAGCUCUGGGUGUGGCGGAGAACGGAGGCUCUCUCAGAAGAUCCUGUGAGUUCGGUUCUGAUAUGCUGUGGCCUCCACCACUGGAGUCUGACGAGAAUCACUCUGCUCCUCCUGAUGUAACUGGCUACUCAUCUGACUCCUCCCACUCCCACCCCCACUCCCACUCAGAGCGCCACAUAGGAACCAUCGCCCGAAACACGCAGAAGUACGGCAACGCUGAACGCAUGGAGACUGGAGACGGUGUCCCGGUCAGCAGUCGCGUAUCUGCUAAGAUCCAGCAGCUAGUGAACACUCUGAAAAUGCCUCGUAGACCUCCGCUCAGAGAGUUCUUCGUUGAUGACUUUGAAGAACUUCUAGAAGUCCAGCAACCAGAUCCCAAGCAGCGCCGUCCGGAGGGGGCAGAGAUGUUAGCAGUGAGAGGAGAGGCCCUGGGGGUGGUGACUAACUGGCCCCCCUCCCUGGAGGCUGCUCUCCAACGCUGGGGCACAAUUAGCCCUAAAGCCCCCUGUCUCACCAGCCUGGACACCACUGGCAAACCUCUAUAUGUACUCACAUAUGGGAAGCUAUGGUCUCGAAGUGUCAAGCUGGCCUUUAACAUCCUCCACAAGCUUGGCAGCAAGCAGGAGCCCAUGGUGCGACCAGGGGACAGAGUGGCACUGGUGUUUCCUAACAAUGACCCGGUGGCUUUCAUGGUGGCCUUCUACGGCUGCCUGCUGGCUGAGGUGGUCCCUGUACCCAUAGAGGUGCCCCUCACACGCAAGGAUGCUGGCAGCCAGCAGAUCGGGUUCCUAUUGGGUAGCUGUGGGGUUACCGUGGCGCUGACCAGUGAUGCUUGCCAUAAAGGCCUGCCCAAGAGUGCUACAGGAGAGAUACCACAGUUCAGAGGGUGGCCUAAGUUGCUGUGGUUUGUGACUGAGUCGAAGCAUCUCUCCAAGCCUCCCAGAGACUGGUUCCCUCACAUCAAAGAUGCAAACAGCGACACAGCAUAUAUAGAGUACAAGACGUGUAAGGAUGGGAGUGUUCUGGGAGUGACGGUGAUGAGGAUCGCUCUGCUAACUCACUGCCAAGCCCUCACACAGUCCUGUGGCUACACAGAAGCGGAGACCAUAGUGAAUGUUCUAGACUUUAAGAAGGAUGUGGGACUGUGGCACGGCAUCCUCACGAGCGUGAUGAAUAUGAUGCAUGUGAUCAGCGUUCCCUACUCUCUGAUGAAGGUCAACCCGUUGUCCUGGAUACAAAAGGUCUACCACUUUAAAGCCAAGGUAGCGUGUGUAAAGUCCAGGGACAUGCACUGGGCUCUGGUGGCCCACAGAGAGCAGAAGGACAUCAGCCUGAGUUCCCUCCGGAUGCUGCUGGUCGCCGACGGAUCUAACCCCUGGUCUAUCUCGUCCUGUGAUGCGUUCCUCAAUGUGUUCCAGAGUAAAGGCUUGAGGUCAGAGGUCAUCUGUCCCUGUGCCAGCUCCCCCGAGGCACUGACCGUUGCCAUCAGGAGGCCUGUGGAGGACAGUAGCCAGCCCCCAGGCCGAGGUGUUCUCUCCAUGCAGGGUCUGAGUUACAGUGUGGUCCGCGUCGACACGGAGGAACGACUGUCAGUCCUCACUGUGCAGGAUGUGGGCACUGUUAUGCCUGGAGCCCUGGUGUGUGUGGUGAAGCCAGACGGUGUGCCUCUCCUAUGUAAGACAGAUGAGAUCGGGGAGCUGUGUGUGUGUUCCGUCGCCACGGGAACUUCCUACUACGGACUGACAGGCGUGACCAAGAACACCUUCGAGGUGUUCCCUGUAGCGUCCGGUGGAGGUCUGGUCAGUGAGUAUGCGUUUGUCCGUACGGGGCUGCUGGGCUUCGUGGGUCCAGGUGGUCUGGUGUUUAUCUCUGGCAAGAUGGAUGGCCUCAUUGUGGUCAGCGGACGCAGACAUAAUGCUGAUGACAUCAUAGCCACCGCACUGGCCGUGGAGCCAAUGAAAUUCGUCUACAGGGGGAGGAUAGCAGUGUUCAGUGUGACCGUGCUGCGUGAUGAGCGUAUCGUGGUUGUAGCGGAGCAGAGACCAGACUCUACUGAGGAGGACAGCUUCCAGUGGAUGAGCCGCGUGCUUCAGGCAAUAGACAGUAUCCAUGGUGUGGGUGUGUUCUGCCUGGGGUUAGUUCCUGCCAACACCCUCCCUAAGACCCCCCUGGGGGGUAUACACCUGUCUGAGACCAAACAGCUGUACCUGGAGGGGGGGUUGCAUCCCUGUAACGUCCUCAUGUGUCCUCACACCUGUGUUACCAACCUGCCCAAACCACGACAGAAACAACCAGAGAUUGGUCCUGCCUCUGUGAUGGUGGGGAACCUGGUGUCUGGGAAGAGGAUCGCUAUGGCCAGCGGCAGAGACCUGGGGCAGACUGAUGACAAUGACCAGUUCCUGUUCCUGUCAGAGGUGCUGCAGUGGAGAUCUCAGACUACGCCUGAACACAUCCUCUACACAUUGCUUAGCUCCCGGGGAGCAGUGUCUAGCUCUCUGACGUGUCUUCAGCUCCAUAAGAGGGCAGAGAGAGUUGCUGCUCUGCUGCUGGAGAGAGGAGGACUACAGGAGGGAGACCACAUAGCACUGGUCUACCCACCAGGUAUAGACCUGAUUGCAGCGUUCUACGGUUGUCUGUACGCUGGCUGUGUUCCCAUCACAGUCCGACCGCCCCACCCACAGAACAUCUCAACCACCCUGCCCACGGUCAAGAUGAUCGUAGAGGUCAGUCGUUCGGCCUGUGUGAUGACCACAGCGGUCAUCUGUAAGCUGCUGCGGUCUAAGGAGGCGGUCGCCACAGUGGACAUCAGGAACUGGCCUCCCGUCCUGGACACAGAUGACCUGCCAAAGAAGAAGCCUCCAGCGCUGCAUAAGCCCUGUAACCCUGAAGCCCUGGCCUACCUGGACUUCAGUGUGUCCACUACUGGCAUGCUGGCUGGAGUACAGAUGUCCCAUAAUGCGGUGGGAGCGUUCUGUCGGUCGGUGAAGCUGCAGUGUGAACUGUAUCCCUCCAGAGAGGUAGCCAUCUGUCUCGACCCCUACUGCGGCCUGGGCUUCGUCCUCUGGUGUCUCUGCAGUGUAUACAGUGGCCAUCAGUCGAUCCUGAUCCCUCCAGUAGAGUUGGAGUCUAACCCAGCCCUGUGGCUGCUAGCUGUCAGCCAGCUCCGAGUCAGAGACACCUUCUGUUCCUACAGCGUCAUGGAGCUCUGCACUAAAGGACUGGGCCUGCAGACAGAGACACUGAAGGCGCGGGGUCUGGAUCUGUCCCGUGUGAGGGCGUGUGUUGUGGUAGCAGAGGAGAGACCCAGGAUGUCUCUAACACACUCCUUCUCCAAGCUGUUUAAAGACCUGGGCCUGCACCCCCGAUCUGUCAGCACAGCAUUCGGCUGUAGGGUCAACCUGGCUAUCUGUCUGCAGGGCACCUCCGGACCAGACCCUACUACAGUGUACGUGGACAUGAGAGCUCUGCGACAUGAUAGGGUGCGGUUGGUGGAGAGAGGUUCUCCUCACAGUCUCCCUCUCAUGGAGUCAGGAAAGAUCCUACCUGGUGUCCGCAUCAUCAUCGCCAACCCAGAGACCAAGGGACCACUUGGAGACUCCCACCUAGGAGAGAUCUGGGUGCACAGUGCCCAUAACGGCAGUGGAUAUUACAGUGGUUAUGGAGAGGAUGUCCUUCAGUCUGAUCACUUCACCUCCAGACUCAGCUUCGGAGACACAUCCACCAUCUGGGCUCGCACCGGAUACCUGGGCUUCUUACGACGUACUGAACUCACCGACGCCAGCGGAGAGAGACAUGAUGCUCUGUAUGUGGUGGGUGCGUUGGAGGAGGCCAUGGAGCUGAGGGGGAUGAGGUACCAUCCUAUAGACAUAGAGACCUCCGUCAUCAGGACGCACAAGAGCAUCAUGGAGUGUGCGGUGUUUCCCUGGACUAACCUGCUGGUAGUCGUAGUAGAACUAGAAGGUUCGGAGCAGGAAGCCCUGGACCUGGUUCCCAUGGUGACCAAGGCGGUGCUGGAGGAGCAUUACCUCAUCGUUGGGGUCGUCGUGGUAACGGACAUCGGGGUGAUCCCCAUCAACUCUCGUGGAGAGAAGCAGCGCAUGCACCUCCGAGACGGCUUCCUACAGGACCAGCUAGACCCCAUCUACGUGGCUUAUAACAUGUAACCCAUCCGCACCCAUCCCCCCCAUCCGCCCCAUCCAGGGGUGGACAUAAGAGAAGGGGUUUUGUGUGUUGUUCAUUUCAAAUCAAGACCUACUGUAUUUUUGAAUCUGCAUAUGGUCAUAUGGUGUGGUACCUGUUGUCUGUUCCUUUAGUUGUGCUGUAGUGGAGGUAUGGCUGUGUCUGCACCCCCGGUUAAACCCGACACCUAGACAGGAAGUCGCUGUACAAAGCCUUAGAGGAACACUGUGUACUGACUACACCACUGGUUGUUGUUGUUAGGAGUUAGGAGAGAGAGAAAAUAUCUCUGAACAUAUCUGUUUUCUUAAUGAAAUAGACAUAGAAAAUAACGUUAUUAAAGUAUAUUGUCAGAAAAAGACAGGGGGUUCAGAUUAGUGUAUAAAUAUAAAUAUUGUACAUAAACAUAAUGAUCUAUAUGGAGAGAACUAAAACAGAGAGGACUAGCCCUGUUACACAGGUGUGUGUGUGUGUGUGUGUGUGUGUGUGUGUGUGUGUGUGUGUGUGUGUGUGUGUGUGUGUGUGUGUGUG